UGUGCAAAAUUUGCUGAAUGACAGCAAAACGUGAACCAAAACAAUGCAUAAAAUCUGCAUUUUCCUGCUAUUCCUGCCGCUUAGCGUCAUCCACGCCAAUGAAUUUAAGGGCCUCCAGUUCCUCAUCAACAUAAUCACCGGUGAGUUCAUGGAGUCGAAGGGCCGCAGCCCCGCAAUUCAGCUCCCCAACUCGGAAGAGAUGAGCGCUGUGACUGGCCAGACGAAUUUCUCCUUCGUGGACUUCAUCAGCCACCGGGAGAGGAGGAUGUGCUUGCCACACGAUGUGUACGAGGCCCAGGCGACCAAUGACUCGGACGGGAGUCAGAAGUCGAAGAACGUGCGCGUGAAGUGCAUCCCAAAUGCCACGGGCAACAAGACUGUUCAGGUGGUGCAGUCGAUGAAGGAAGUUGUGAGCCUCCUGUCGCCCCACGGGAACAGCACGAAGCGCAAUUUGCCCGGGAAGUGUGUCCUGGUGCUGUUCUUCACGCGCUCCUGUCCCGGUAGCGCUCUGAUGGGGCCUCACUUUGUGGCGCUGGCCAAGGUGUUCCCGAAUCUCACGCUCGCGGCGAUCGACGCCUUCAAAUACCACAAUCUGAACACGGAGUUCGGCAUCAUCGGGCUGCCCACGCUGAUGCUGUUCCACCAGGGACGCCCGGUGGUGCGCUUCAACGACACACAGUCCACGGUGAACAGCUUCAUCAACUUCGUGACACGGCACACGGAUCUCUGGCCGCCGUCCAUCCAGAACGCCUACGUCACGUCGGAGGACUUCAACGGCCCGCUGCCCAACAAGGUGGAGUACGAGACGGACUACUAUCUCUACCUCGCCUGGGCGUUCAUCGUCUUCUGCGCCGGAUACUACUUCACCAAGUCGCGCCUCUAUUCGCAGAUCGUGGAGAUGAUCCAGAGGAACUGGCGGGAAUCGGAGGCGCAGAUAGAAUAGUUCUAGUCAUCGCUGUAGCCUUUGUAAGUACAAUUAAACGUUUAAGUUAUGAUCUAGACCA